AUGGACAGUUCACGUUCAUCAUUACCAAAUGUUGAUCGAGCGAAUUCAACAUUAUUUAAACGUUAUCUCGAUGAACAGCAUAAAUCAGUAGACAAAUCGAGUCCGUAUCAAACAAUUUCACGUCCCAUAAAUUCGACUAUACAAAUCACUCACACACAUCGACAGCAGCAAGAGACAUACACAACAAAACUAACUGAUGCGAAUACCAAUCUUCAGCAGAUUGUAAUCAAACGCAAGUAUUCGAAUAGCCGAAAACCUUCUGCGGAUUCGUCGAGGCAGCGGACAUCACACACGAGUCGGUUUAUGAAGCGAUUUCAACGACAACAUAAAACGGGAGAAACUACCACAAAUGUACAAAAACAUGGGCGACUUCUCUUCGAAUUUCCUGAAUCACUCACGUCGAAUCGAAUCGAUCAUAGUCAAAUUUGUACAUGUCGUGCUGUGUCAGAUAAGAGACCAGGUCAUCAUCACGAUCAUAAUUGUCCUUUAAAACGAACUCAAUUGCCACGACUUUCGUUAAACGAACUUUUUCAUACACCAUCUGACCAACGACAAGUUCCAUCACCAACGAAACUUAUGUUACCAUCCGCAACUACCGAUUCUUUGCGGCAAAUAUCGAUUUCCAAUCGAGUGAAUCCAUCCGAACCCAAUUCUUCUGCUGAACCUUUAAUGAUCACUAAUAAUGCUGAAAGCGAAAGUUUUCACUUUGCUAAUCCAUCGAUUUCGAUAUCCGAUGAACAGUGGCCGUUGAUUAGCGAUCUUUUGCAAGAACUAUCGACUGAAAUGACUGAUAAACCAAAUGUUGAUAUCCUUUUAGAAAUCGAGGAGUCCCUUGCUCAACGUAUUUAUGAUUGUAUUGUUGAACAAGAAGAUAAUGACAAUGAAAAUGACACUCAAUCGUAUUCAACAUUAACUAACGAUUCAUCUGCGCUCUCAGCACCAGCACCAGUCAAUAAUCCAAAUAAUUUACCUUCAUCACCUAUAAAUACGAUAACUACACGUGAACCAAUAGAUAAUAAGGAUAAAUAUUUUCAACCGAUUCGUGAACAACCAUCUUCAUCAUUCCAGAGAUUACUCGAUCAAAAUCGACAUUCCACACCAUUCAAUCCCAUAACAAAUCAAAUUUCGACUGAUACUCGAUCUCCCUUCGCUCAAUCUCUAUUCGAGCCAGUGAAUCUCUUGCGAACAGUUGCAUCUAGUGACGCUGAAGAUUUUAAUUUUUUUCGUCCAUCAUUUACAUUUGAAAACCCAUCGACUUCUCAAACAAAUCUCGUUUCCACUCAACAAUCAGCUCAUUCUCAUUCGGUAUCAUUUCCCAAUCAUCUUCUUCCGCCACGACCAACUCCUCUUGAUACUACGACUCUCUCAGCAUUCAAACCCAUUGAACCAGCGAAUAUUCGGCCAACGACUUCAUUCGCGUUGAAGAGACCACAGAUGAUCAGUAGUACAACAGUGAUGGAUUGGUUCGGGCAAAGUUAA